AUGGCCGCUAUUGUUGGAACUGCACUUCAUUGGUCGGAUAUUUUGGUUUUAUUACUCUACUUCUUACUUAUUCUUGGGUUUGGAGUUUGGAGCUCAUGCAAAAAUCGUGGAAGUGUUGGUGGUUAUUUUCUCGCUGGUCGUUCGAUGCAUUUUAUACCGGUAGGUGCAUCACUGUUCGCGUCGAACAUUGGCAGCGGUCAUUUCAUUGGUCUGACUGGAUCAGGAGCAUCGAGUGGCAUUGCUGUUGCAGGUUUUGAAAUAACUGCGGUUUUUUGGCUUAUGGUACUCGGCUGGUUGUUUGUUCCAAUAUAUAUGAAAGCAGAAGUAUUUACGAUGCCACAGUAUAUAAAAAUGCGCUAUGGUGGUGAACGUAUCCGUGUUUAUUUGACAUGUCUGGCAUUAAUGCUAUCGAUUUUCACAAAAAUAUCGGUUGAUCUUUAUUCUGGUGCAAUUUUUCUGCAACAAGCUCUAAACUGGAACUUGUACGCUUCGGUCAUUGCUCUGAUUCUUCUUGCAGCAUUUUUCACUGUUGGAGGCAAGUGGUUUAACAGCAGUUAUAUGGACGGAUUUUAUCCAGACAGUAAUUAUGGUCAUAUCGGCUUUUAUUCUCAUGAUUAUCAGAUUGGUGGAAUGCAAGAAAUUCGAAGUUUGUUUCCAUAUGCCGUCGCACAAACGACAUUACAUAAUACGACCGAAUGUGGAGUGCCUAAGGAAGAUUAUAUCUCGUUGAUUCGUCCAUUUGAUGCUGAUCUACCUUGGUUUGGUAUACUUUUUGGCAAUGGUGUCGCUUCGAUUUGGUAUUGGAGUUGUGAUCAAGUCAUUGUACAGCGGACGUUAGCAGCAAAAAAUCUUUCACAUGCCAGAGCAGGGUGUCUUGUGGCAGGAUUACUGAAAUUUCUACCGCUAUUUUUGAUGGUAUUUCCUGGAAUGAUAGCUAGAAUCCUCUUUCCAGAUGAAAUUGGUUGUGCCGAUCCCGAUGUGUGCUAUCAAGUUUGUAAUAGCCGGAAUGGUUGUAACGAUAUUGCAUACCCACUGCUUGUACUUCGAUUGAUGCCUAAUGCGAUUCGUGGUUUAACAUUAGCUUGUAUGAUUGCAGCUUUGAUGUCGUCUCUGACUUCAAUUUUUAAUUCAAGUUCGACUAUUUUCACGAUUGAUAUCUGGCAGCGUUUCCGACAAAAUGCACACGAUUGGGAAUUGAUGAUUGUUGGCAGAGUUUUUGUCAUGAUUCUUGUUGGUAUAUCAAUUCUUUGGAUUCCAAUCAUUAGAGCAGCUCAAGGUGCAAGAUUAUUCGACUAUAUCCAAGCUGUUCAAUCAUUCUUAGCACCGCCAGUAGCUGCCUGCUAUUUGCUCGGAGUGCUAUGGAAACGUAUCAACGAAGAAGGAGCAUUUUGGGGCUUGAUAUCUGGUUUAGUAAUUGGAAUCAUUCGAUUCAUUUGGGAAUAUUCUUACACUGCAAUGCCCUGUCAACUCGAACAUUUAGAUCAACGUCCGUCGUUAGUUCGAUUUAAUUUUCUAUACUUUUCAGUUCUUCUUUUUGUCAUUUCUGCAAUUGUCACCAUUGUUGUCAGUCUUCUGACGAAACCUCUAGCAGAAAAAUAUAUAGCUGGUUUGACUGCUUUCGAUCUCGAUAAUCCCGAAAGACCAGUGGAAAUUCCGACUAAGUCUGGUUGCAUGCACAAGGCGAAUACCGACGAUGUUAUCGAACAAUCUUCGAAUCAUUGCGAAAAGCUCCCAACUGAGACGGAGAAAAAGGCUCUGCACUUUUUCGAUACACACGGUUCGACCGGUUUUGCUUUUUAUUUCAAAACUGCUUUCGCUUGGAUUUGUGGCUUGGAAAAAACUGAUAAUCUCGACGGACAAUCAAUCUGUUCCGACAAUCAUUCGUAUGAUAGGCGCGAUAGUCGAUUAAGUGUAUCCUCAAUCCAGUUGGAACACGUUUCGUCCUGGCAUAAACUAUGCUCUUAUGCAGCGAUUUUCAUUCUUUCUUUAUGCGCUUUUGUUUGGGCCUUUUUCGCCGAUUAUCGAAUUCGAUUGAUUUAG